GCGUUUGCCUUCAGGUCGUCACGCCGAGCCAAGCUACAGGUUGCGAGACGGGUGGAGCUGCAGCAGCGCCGCAUGCACGCGCCCAGCGCUGCUGCCACGCGCGCACAGAACCUGGAACCACCCCCCUUCGUUGUACUGGUGCAGGGGCCACCGAAGGUGGGUAAGACAACGCUCAUCCGCUCGCUGAUAAAGCACUACACCAAACACAACAUUCCAGACGUCAAGGGACCCAUCACUGUUGUCUCAGGAAAGAAGCGGCGCCUGCUGUUCAUAGAGUGCAGUGGCAGCGUGCACGCCAUGCUGGAUGCGGCCAAAUUUGCAGACCUCGUGCUGCUGCUCAUAGACGGCAGCUUCGGAUUCGAAAUGGAGACCUUUGAGUUCCUGAACAUGCUGCAGGUGCACGGCUUCCCCAAGGUCAUGGGCGUGUUGACUCACCUGGAUGGAUUCAGAGACCCGCGCAAGCUGAAGAAGACUAAGAAAAUCCUCAAGCACCGCUUCUGGACUGAGAUCUACGACGGGGCGAAGCUGUUUUACUUAUCAGGGCUCAUUCAUGGCAGGUACCCCAAGCGCGAGGUGCUGAAUCUGGCGCGCUUCAUCUCAGUUGCCAAGUUCCGCCCUCUCUCCUGGCGAACAGCUCACGGCUAUGUGGUGGCCGAUCGUGUGGAAGAUCUGACGGACACGGAGGAGGUUCGGAGAAACCCUAAAUGCGAUCGGACGGUCGCGAUUUACGGGUACUUGCGCGGGUGCAAUUUGAAGCAGGGCUUUAAGGUGCACAUUGCUGGGUGGGCUGAUAGGGAGGCCAUGGAGAAUGACGGAACGGAUUCUGAAGAAGAUGAGGAGGAGGAGGAUGGGGACGGGGAGGAGGAGGAGGAGGAGGAGGAGGAGGAGGAGGAUGGAGGGAAGGUGGUUGGCUCGAGAAAAGAUUUUGUGCAGGCUGAGACAGGGGCAGCUGCGGUCAAGUGGAAGGAAGGUUUGGCUGCCCGGGCAGCCAAAAUGUUUUCGCGAAAGCUGAGCCUGAUGGAGCUGGUUUACGGGCAGAAGGGCGGAGGCGGCACACACGGUAAAGGGAAGGGGUUUGGGAAAGGAGCUGGUGGUGAGGGAAGUGAGGAGGAGGAAGAGGAAGGGGAUGAGGAAGAGGAAGAGGAGGAGGAGGAGGAGCUUUUUCGGCCAAGGAGGAAGCAUCAAGACGGUUCAUCCUCCUCUUCUCAAGCUGUACUCUCAGACGACAUAGAUGCGGAGGACUGUGUGCGAGUGCGUCCAGAUGCAAUGAACCUGGCGCAGUGGGAUGAUCCCGAGGUGGUUGAGUCCCUGAGGGACCGGUUUGUGACUGGGAACUGGUCCAAGGCUGGGGAGGAGGACGAGGAGGAAGGAGGGGAGGAUGGGGAAGGGAAGGAGGGUGAAGGCAAGAAGUUUCCCGGAAGGGAUCCCGAGGAGAAGGACUACAUCGAUAUCUUGAAGGAGCAGCUGGAGGCGAGGAAGCAGAGGACAGAAGCAGCACUGGCUGAAGUCGACGAGGCCACCCGCGUGGCAAUGGAGGGCUUCCCAGUGGGGGCGUACCUGCGCCUGCUGUUCCGCGCACUGCCAGGAGAAUUCAUGCAGCAUUUCGAUCCAAGGGUCCCAGUCCUUGUGGGAGCCGUUCCUCCCACAGAAGAGACACUCGGAUAUCUCAGGGUGCGUCUGAAGAAGCACAGGUGGCACCGGAAAGUACUGAAGACCCGGGACCCUCUGGUCCUGUCAGCGGGGUGGCGGCGCUUCCAGUCUGUGCCCGUGUUUGCCAUGGAGGACAGCAACGGGCGGCACCGGUUGAUCAAAUACACGCCCGAGCACAUGCACUGCCUCGCUGUCAUGUGGGCGCCGCUGCUGCCGCCCAACACUGGGCUGCUGGCGCUGUCCACUGGUGCAGCUAGUGGUAACAGCAAGCAGGCAUCCUUCCGCAUCAGCGCUACAGGCGUGGUGUUGGAGCAGCAGCAGUCAGCCCAGGUGGUGAAGAAGCUGAAGCUGGUGGGCACGCCCGUGAAGAUCUUCCGACACACAGCCUUCAUCAAGGACAUGUUCUCCUCCCAGCUUGAAGUCGCACGGUUUGAAGGGGCGGCUGUCCGUACGGUGUCAGGAAUCCGCGGGCAAAUCAAGAAGGCUCUGAAACACGGGCAGGGACCUGAAGGAAGUGUGCGUUGCGCCUUUGAGGAUAAGAUUCUGAUGAGCGACAUUGUGUUCCUGCGCGCCUGGGUCAAGGUCACUGUGCCCAAGCUCUACAACCCCGUCUGCACGCUGCUCCAAUCGCCUGGCGCCACGUGGCAAGGCAUGAAGACUGUGGCGGAGCUCAGGCGGGAGCAGCAGCUGCCCAUCCCCGUUAACAAGGACUCCCUUUACAAGCCCAUCGAGAGGCGCCCACGCUCCUUCAACCCCCUCAAGAUUCCCGCGAAGCUGCAGGCCGCUCUGCCCUUCUCCUCCAAGCCUAAGGAUGAGGUUCGGCGCACAACACCGAGCCUGGAGCAGCAACGGCCGGCGGUGGUUAUGGAGCCUCAGGAGAGGCGGCUGCACACUAUGGUGCAGCAGCUCAACACCAUCAAGAACCAAAAGGUGAAGAAGCGGAGAGAGACGACGCGCAAGAAGCGAGCGGAGUAUGAGAAGCGAAAGGCAGCGGACGAGGAGGAGCAGAAGUACAGGAGGAGGGAAGAGAAGAGGGAGAAGUACAGGAAGGAGGCGAAGAGGAAGUUCGGCGGUGGUAGGGGUGGAGGUGAUGAUGCUGGGCCGCCUGGAAAGAGGGGUCGUGGUUUGCAAGCUGAGUAA